AUGCCGGCUCUGUCGAGGGAGGCGGCGUGCCAGCCCUCCGACUCGGUGAUGUUCUCCACGGCGCCCUCGGGGCCGAGUCGAAGGAGCCGAUGGCCCAGGCGCCCGGCGGCCCAAGAGCUGGGCAGGUCCCACCAGGCGCUGGCGAGCGGCUCGUCGAUGCGCGCUUGCCAGACGGCCAGCCGCCAGCGGAACAAACUUCGCGUCAGCAGACGCACGGGAGCGAGAGAGAGACCGGCAGUGGGAUCGAGAGCGGAAGCGGAAGCGGAAGCGGGAGCAGAAGUUAAGUGCGUGACAAAAUCGGUGGUGUGA